GUUGGAUAGUGUUUGAUGAAGACUUGAACACCACUACACUCACUACUGUUGCUAACACCACACAACUCACUCCUGCUGCUGCUAACACCACACAACUCACUCCUGCUGCUGCUAACACCACACAAUAUACUCGCAUUAUGUGAAAAUGGAGUCACUGAAGUUAACAAUCUACGGUUUUUUAAGAGGGGUAAGAGACAGCAUUGCUGGGUUCGUGCUAAUCUUCAGGUAUGAUGUGGAAAUGCCAGAGAAUCCUCGCAGCUCACCGACUAAGGAGACCAAUCUUGCUAAGCGACGUGCAGCACAGCAGGCAGAGAAGAAACAAAAGCAAGCUUUACAAAAAGAGUUAGUGCUGUGGAUGAUCCUUCGAAAUCCCUAUGUGCAUGUGACGGAUGGCUCUCGUGAGACCAAGGUGACUCAUCGCAUCGUGCAGUGUUCCAUUCUAAAUGGUGCCAUUUUUGGCCUCAGUAUGGCAUUCUUCAAUUAUAUUCUGCUGCCAGGACUGAAGCAAGUGCUGGGACUCUUCUUAGAUGAAGCAGGUCCAUUGUGGGAUUAUGUGCGGCCAACCCUUACUGUCGUUUUCAACAUGCUUUGGGUACUACCGCUGUUUCUCCUCUCCAAGAUCAUUAACAUUGUAUGGUUUCAAGAUAUUGCUGACAGUGCCUACCGUCAGCGCCAGGGACGCCCACAGCUGAUUGGCAACAUUAGUAAAUUAGUUGCUGAUGUUCUUAUUUCAGCUUUUAUCCAGAUGCUUUUUCUUAUCCAGGCUUACUUGGUGAUGAUGUUACCUUUGGUGGGUGUUGGGGUGACACUAAGUGGCAUUCACAUGUGCAUGAUCCAUGCACUCUAUGCCUUCGAGUACAGGUGGUUCAACAUGGGGUGGGAGUUGUAUAAGAGACUAAGCUUUAUUGAGGAGAACUGGCCGUACUUCAUGGGAUUUGGCUUUCCCCUGGCUCUUAUCACAAUGUAUCCUUCAUCAAUAUAUGUCAGAGGGUGCCUCUUCGCUUUGUUAUUUCCUGUUUUCAUCAUCAGUGCCAAUGAAGCUGAUCCAGUGCUCAACUCAAAUGGUUACCAAAUGCAGUUGUUCUCUCUGGUUGUGGGUGUGUCCAACCGCAUCAUCCAGAUUCUAGUCAGAAAACGUCUUCCACCAACCCCCAGCCAGUCUCCUCGGCCGUCUCCUUCCCACUUUACUGUCAGUCAUCCAAUUAGACGUUAGCAAUGUUAUAUGCUCACUUGAUUGGUAGUUGUACCAUACAUUGGUUCAGCAGAUGGUAAAUGGCUGCUUCAAAACUUAAGCAGCAAUAUAUAUGCCCUAUUACUUGGCAAGCAGUUUUUUUCUUGUACAUUCAGGAUGAUUUUUACCUCAUGCCACACAGCUGGAAGUCAUCUUAGCAUACAUUAAGGACAAUAAUUUUAAGUCGUUUCCAUCUUUUUCCAAAAAAUCGUCACAUUAGAGAACACUAUGUUCUAAUAAGUCUGUUAAGAAGGUAUUCCUGACAGGGAUGGCAUUUUGUUAUUUGUUUGGAACUUAUUCCACAGGCUAUUCAAGAUUUAUAGUACCUUUAAACUAUUUUUCCUGCUAGGGAAUAUAUUCAAUAGAAGUAUUAUGAUCAAUGAGGAAAAUGUGUAACUUUAAGGAUAUAGAAUUGAUUUGUGAAGACUGAAAAGUACAGAGCAUAAAAUGUACUUAAAUAAUUCAAAGGGUGAGACAGCCCUUAUGUACAUGACCUAACUUGAAGUGACAGUGAAUGCCUGGAAACUCUAAGACUUUGAUAUAGUACAAUGGUGCAGUGAGAAUGAAAGAUUAUGUAUUGUUUGCGAGAUGUAACUAAGUUUUUUAAAUUAAUAAUUAAGUGAAAUGGAAAAUGUUUAAAAUAUUUUAUUAUAGAAAAUAGUAAAAAGACUUGUUUACAAGCUAAGACAUGUAAUUAAACAUUAUAUUUCUUAGAUUCACGAGAUAAACUGAUGCUUGUGGUCUGUACGUCAUAAAGGCUAUUACUGUACAAAUCAUUGAGAUCACAAUCCCAUGCACUUUGACUGGCAGCAGCAGCACUUGUCACCAAUGCUAUUUAUACUGUAGUUCAGUUCUAUUGUAAUUUUUUUUAUACAUAUAAAUGAAAAUUU